ACCAUUUGUUCUCACGCCAGGAUAUUCGGCGGCCUGGUCGACGAUGUGAAGAGGAAGCUGCCCUGGUACCUGAGCGACUUCAAGGACUGCCUGCACGUGCAGUGCCUGGCCUCCACCAUCUUUCUCUUCCUAGCCACCCUCACGCCCAAUGUCACGUUCGGGGGGCUCCUGGGCCAGGAGACGGAGCAGUACAUGGUAAGGCAGGGGUAG